AUGGAACAAAAUAUUAAGUUACUGUUUUUUACUACACUUUCUUCCUUUAUAAUUUUAAGUUGGAUAUGUCAUUUUUACAAUGAUAUGAGUACUUUUAAUAAAUAUUUAAAUGAAAAUUAUAAUCUUCACGAAAAAAAAGAUAUAAAAAGUUAUCGAUUACUAGCAAAAUGUAAACAGAAUCAUAUAUCGAGUAUUGUAGGUUUAAAAAGUGUUAUACGAAAUAACGAACUUAAAGACAAAAAGAAUAUAAGUAAUAGCGAAAAAGAGAAUAAAUAUAUAUAUGUACAAUUAGAUGAAAGUUCAUUGAAUAGUGUGGUACACCAUAAACAAUCUAAGAAAAACAAAUCUUAUAUAUUUGAAACAAAAACCUAUUCUAAUCUUGAAAAAAAAAUAUUCAAAGAACUAGAUUAUUUUGAUUUUCUUAAGAACAACAGAACGAUUAGUGACAAUCUGUACAAAAAAAUGGUACUAAAAAAAUACAGAUCACGAAUUAUUAUACCAUUAGUAUUGUUUAUUUUUUUAUCAAUAUCGCUCUUAUUAGAUUUUUGCUGUGGUUAUGGCUUAAGAAGGGGGUUGUUUAUAUUAUUGAAAUUAUCAUUAGGUAGAGCUCCAUUGGAUAGUUUAUACACAUUUUUGCAGAAUAAUUUAGGUUCGUUUUUCAAGUUAACCACAUCUAGUAAUAGGGAAUUAUAUAUAACACCCUUCUUUGAAUUUCUAAUAUAUUUCUCAUCGUUCGUUAUAUUGGGUAUUACAUUAAUAUUAGGUGUUCUUUACUAUCAUAAAAAAGUUAAAAAAUAUGAAAAAAUUAAACACAAGAAAAGAUAA